AUGGUUCAAAUCAUCCCUUACAUUGCCUCUCUGCUGGCUCUUGGCCAGGCUGUUACUGCCGCUAAAGCUGUUUCAUCCUUCUCUGAAUGGGUUGAGGGUAUCGUUGCUAAUCCUGAUGGCGAUAAUAUGACACCUGAAGAGGUCGUCGAGGCUUUCAAGGCGGGACAGUUCAGCAGCCCACCAGAAGCUCGUAGUUUGCUACAGAAGCGUGCCAGCUGCUAUGAACAGCCUAACACUGAUUGUCCUAUCUCUGACGCUGUUGCAUGCAUCAACACUGUCGCCCGCAAGAGCAACUGCGAUGCUUAUCUGCAGUGCCAAAUCGGUGGUUGCGUACUGACGACCGACGGUAACCAUAACUCCAAUUGCAACGAUGUCGCUCGUGGCGGAGGUUUCAUCCUGGAUCACUGCGUUGUUCCAAACUAUGACCGCGUAGAAGGGUCGGAAUACGCAUAUGGAAAUGGCGGCGAGCUUGUUAGGAUUCGAAGGCCGUAG